AUGAAGUACACUCUCGCUACCGCUGCUAUCGUUGGUUCUGCCAUCGCUGCUUACGUUCCUUCUGAACCAUGGUCUACUUUGACUCCAAGUGCUAUGGUCUCUGGUGGUACUACUGAUUACGACGGUACCUUCGGUAUCGCUGUUGUUCCAGUCACUGCCGCUUCCUCUUCUGUUGCUAAGAGAGAUGUUGUCUCCCAAAUUGGUGAUGGCCAAAUCCAAGCUACCACUGCCACCACUACCACUCACGCCCAAGCCAUUUCCCAAAUAGGUGACGGUCAAAUCCAAGCUUCUACUUCUACUGCUCCAGUUACUACUGUUCAACCAAUCUCUCAAAUCGGUGACGGUCAAAUCCAAGCCACUACCACCACCCACGCUCAAGCCAUUUCUCAAAUCGGCGACGGUCAAAUCCAAGCCACCACUCUUACCACCAACGUUGCUUCUCAAAUUACUGACGGUCAAAUCCAAGCCACUUCUACUGCUUCUGUUAACGCUAGUGUUGCCGCCGAAAACACUAAGGAUGGUAUUACUGCCGUUGCCUGUAAAGUCGAUGGUACUUUGCAAAUGACUUUGGAAAAAUCUAUCUUGAAGGAUGGUAAGGGUAGAAUCGGUUCUAUCGUCGCUAACAGACAAUUCCAAUUCGAUGGUCCACCACCACAAGCCGGUGCUCUCUACGCUGCCGGUUGGUCUAUCUACAAUGGUAACUUGGCCAUCGGUGAAACCACCACUUUCUACCAAUGUUUGUCCGGUACUUUCUACAACUUGUACGAUGAAUCUUUGGGUGCUCAAUGUAAACCAGUUUACUUGGAAGUCACUUCUUUGGUCGAUUGUUAA